AAACAGGGACACGUGAUCUCAUUUCGCGGGGGUAAUCCGGUCUUGUUAGUGAGCUGGUCGCGGUGUUCUUUAUCAGUCUGAGCAGCAUGGACCUGGUAGAUCCUUCCCAGAGCGCCGCCGCGGCAGCCGGAACACAACUAGUCAAGGAUGAAGUGGCUGAGAAGUGUCAGAAGUUGUUCCAGGACUUUCUGGAGGAAUUUCAGGGUAGCGAUGGGGAGUUGAAGUACCAGAGUGAUGCUGAGGAACUGAUCAGGCCAGAGAGAAAUACACUGCUUGUCAGCUUUGUUGAUUUGGAACAGUUUAAUCAGCAGCUCGCAACUACCAUCCAAGAGGAAUUCUACAGGGUGUAUCCGUACCUCUGUCGAGCAGUGAGAGCUUUUGCUCGAGAUCAUGGCAACAUUCCACAGAACAAAGAAUUCUAUGUCGCCUUCCAGGAUCUUCCCACCAGACAUAAAAUUAGAGAGCUGACCACUCCUCGCAUUGGAUCUCUGUUGCGGAUCAGCGCUCAGGUGGUUCGGACUCACCCAGUCCACCCGGAACUGGUCAGUGGGACCUUUCUUUGCUUGGAUUGCCAGACCUUGGUGAGGGAUGUAGAGCAGCAGUUUAAAUACACCCAGCCAAGCAUUUGCAGGAACCCAGUGUGCGCCAACAGAAGGAGGUUCAUGUUGGAUACAAACAAGUCAAGAUUUGUUGAUUUCCAAAAGGUUCGAAUUCAGGAAACGCAGGCAGAGCUCCCAAGAGGCAGCAUUCCACGAAGCGUUGAAGUGAUCCUGCGAGCGGAAGCAGUGGAAUCAUGUCAGGCCGGGGAUAGGUGCGACUUCACUGGAUCUCUGAUAGUUGUGCCUGAUAUUUCUCAGCUCUCAACCCCAGGUGUUCGUGCAGAGACCAGCUCUAGGGUGGGUGGAAGAGAAGGGUAUGAGGCUGAAGGUGUCCAAGGUCUCCGAGCCCUUGGAGUUCGAGAUCUCUCCUAUAAGCUGGUCUUCCUUGCAUGCUAUGUCUGUCCAACCAACCCAAGAUUUGGUGGGAAGGAAUUGCAUGAGGAGGAUAUGACUGCAGAGAGCAUCAAAAACCAGAUGUCUGUGAAGGAGUGGGAGAAGGUGUUUGAAAUGAGUCAAGACAAAAACCUGUACCAUAACCUAUGCACCAGCCUCUUCCCAACUGUGCACGGUAACGAUGAAGUAAAGAGAGGCAUCUUACUGAUGCUGUUUGGGGGUGUCCCUAAGUCAACUAUGGAGGGAACAUCUUUACGUGGAGACAUUAAUGUUUGUGUUGUUGGAGAUCCAAGUACUGCCAAGAGCCAGUUCCUUAAGCACGUUGAGGAGUUCAGUCCCCGUGCGGUUUACACUAGUGGAAAAGCCUCCACUGCUGCCGGUCUGACAGCAGCCGUUGUGAAAGAUGAAGAAUCGCAUGAGUUUGUGAUUGAAGCUGGAGCACUGAUGCUUGCUGACAAUGGAGUUUGUUGCAUUGAUGAGUUUGACAAGAUGGAUACAAAGGACCAAGUAGCUAUUCAUGAGGCAAUGGAACAGCAAACUAUUUCAAUCACCAAAGCUGGUGUUAAGGCUACACUAAAUGCUCGGACUUCCAUUCUUGCUGCAGCAAACCCUGUAGGGGGCCGAUAUGAUAGAGCAAAGUCACUUAAGCAGAAUGUAAACUUGUCUGCCCCCAUCAUGUCCAGAUUUGAUCUCUUCUUCAUUCUUGUGGAUGAGUGCAAUGAGGUGACAGAUUACGCCAUUGCCCGACGUAUUGUGGACCUCCAUUCCAGGAUUGAGGAAUCUAUUGAUAGAGUUUAUACUGUGGAUGAAGUCAGGAGAUACCUUCUCUUUGCCAGGCAGUUCAAACCUAAGAUCUCUAAGGAGUCAGCGGACUUCAUAGUGGAGCAGUACAAGCGACUAAGGCAGCGUGAUGGCUCGGGGGUCACUAAAUCUGCUUGGAGGAUAACUGUACGGCAGCUGGAAAGCAUGAUCAGAUUGUCAGAAGGCAUGGCAAGGAUGCACUGCAGUGAUGAGGUGCAGCCAAAACAUGUAAAGGAAGCAUUCCGGUUAUUGAACAAAUCCAUCAUCAGGGUGGAAACUCCGGAUGUCAACCUGGAUCAAGACGAUGAACAUGAGCCAGAGGAUGAAACUCAGGAGGGGACGAAUGAUGCUGAAGUUCCCAAUGGUGUCAAUGGCCAUGUGAAUGGAAUUAAUGGGCAUUCUCAGGAGUCAAAUGCUGCUGCCGCAAAGCCGUCCUUGCGUCUAAAUUUUGCUGAAUACAAGCGGAUCUCUAACUUGCUGGUCCAGCAGCUGAGGAAGAUGGAAGAUGAAGAUGAAACUUCACAGAGAAGGAGUGAACUCAUGAAUUGGUAUCUAAAGGAGAUUGAGUCGGAAAUUGACUCAGAAGAGGAGCUUAUUAAUAGGAAGCAAAUCAUUGAUAAAGUUAUUCACAGACUUGUACACUAUGACCAAAUUUUGAUUGAACUCACACAGACUGAAUUAAAAGGCACAGGGGAUGAGGUUGUAGCAAAAGAGGAGGAUCCUUACCUUGUGGUGAACCCCAAUUACAUACUGGAAGAUUAAUAGGCUGCUUUGUGCCUCACAGACUUCAUUCUGCAAGACUUGCGCUUUACCUGUCUGGAAAUGUACAGUAUGAAAGAUUCGCAUUUAGAGGCUUUUUACCCAAGAAUAUAUCCGACAUCCAGUUUGGCGUUUUUAUGAAAGUUCUGACCUGGUUCUACAGAGGAAUUGUUGUGCCUUUCAUUUUUAUUCUUUUAGAAGCAUCACAUUUUACCCUGUUCCGUAAAGACAUUUUAGAGACUUUUAUAUCUACUGCUAAGCGUUCGAGUUCUUAUUAAAGUUUUAUUUGUA